AGCUAAUAAGCUAAUAACACUACCCGCUCCCACAGACUGAGUAGAGAAUACGCACGAGUUGGUUUCGAAAUAUUCUUCCCUUGUCAGAACAACUCCUCCAACACAUCCGAUACCAGUAUCAUUUCAUUGUUCGAAGCCAUGGCAGCCCGUCCUUUGAACAUUGGCAUCAAGGCCAUCGAGCUUUACUCUCCUAGCCAGUAUGUCGAGCAAUCCGAACUCGAGAAGUUUGACGGUGUUAGCACCGGAAAGUACACCAUUGGUCUUGGUCAAACCAAGAUGACCUUCUGCGAUGACCGAGAGGACAUUUACUCUAUUGCUUUGACUGCCACCUCUAAGCUGCUGAAGAACUAUAAUAUUGACCCUAACUCCAUUGGUCGCCUUGAGGUCGGCACCGAGACGAUUCUCGACAAGUCCAAGUCCGUCAAGACUGUCUUGAUGCAAUUGUUCGGCGAAAACACCAACAUCGAGGGUGUUGACACUGUCAAUGCUUGCUACGGCGGUACCAAUGCUCUGUUCAACACACUAAACUGGCUGGAGUCAUCUGCUUGGGAUGGGAGGGAUGCUAUCGUUGUUGCUGGUGAUAUUGCCCUUUACGCCAAGGGCAACGCCAGGCCUACCGGUGGCGCUGGCGCUGUUGCUAUGUUGGUUGGUCCCAACGCCCCCAUCGUAAUCGAGCCUGGUCUACGUGGAACCUACAUGCAACACGUGUAUGAUUUCUACAAGCCCGACCUUGCCAGCGAGUACCCGUACGUCGACGGACACUACUCCGUCAACUGCUACACCGAAGCCCUUGACGCUGCCUAUCGCGACUAUUGCAAGCGUGAGGCUAAGCAAAAGGAAAUUGCCAAUGGCAAUGGUGCCGCUCCCGCCGAUGACACCAAGACGGCCCUUGACCGCUUCGACUACCUGGCGUUCCACUCCCCGACGUGCAAGGUUGUUCAAAAAUCUUAUGCUCGUCUUCUGUACCAUGACUAUCUGGCGAAUCCCGAUAGCCCUGCUUUUGCUGAGGUCCCUGGUGACAUUCGAGACAUGGACUACAAGAAAUCCUUAUCAGACAAGGUGGUAGAGAAGACUUUCAUGGCUCUCACCAAGAAGCGCUUCAACGAGCGCGUCCAGCCUGCUAUCCAGGUCGCUACAAAUUGCGGCAACAUGUACUGCGCCAGUUUAUGGAGCGGGUUGGCCAGCUUAAUUUCCCAUGUCGACAGCGCUACUCUCCAAGGCAAGCGUAUCGGCCUUUUCAGCUACGGUUCCGGUCUAGCGUCGAGCUUCCUCUCGGCCCGUAUCAACGGUAGCACUGAGAAAAUUUCCCAGGUCCUGGAUAUCCCUAACAAGUUGACCUCGAGGCGAGCAGUGUCUCCCGAGACAUAUGAGGCCUUCUGCGAUCUACGCCACCAGGCUCAUCUUAAGAAGGAUUACACGCCUAAGGGAGAUACAUCUACCCUGGCCCCCGGUACUUACUACUUAGAGAAGAUCGAUGAUAUGUUCAAGCGAACAUACUCCGUCAAGGCAUAAACGGGAUGAGGCAUUAGAUGCGAUAUGCAUUUGAUAUAGACCGGUAUUCGUUCGCCAUUGUUACUGCAUAGACAUGGGUGAGACC